CUCUCGCGAGAAGCAACCGCCCGCGCCCCGCCUCGCGGCUGUUCCCGCACCUCGCCGCGCGGCGGCUGUCGCUCGCCCGCGGCUGUUCCGUCCGUCCCUCCCUCCCUCCGCCGGCGGCUGCAGCUCCCUUUCCUCCCCCUUGCUCGCCGCCCCGCCCGCUGCUGCAUCCGGGUUCUGGCGCCGCUGUCACUAUGGUCAUGGCGGAGGGGACGGCAGUGCUGAGGCGGAACAGGCCGGGCACCAAGGCCCAGGAUUUCUACAAUUGGCCUGAUGAAUCCUUUGAAGAAAUGGAUAGUACUUUAGCUGUUCAGCAGUAUAUUCAGCAAAACAUAAGAGCAGACUGUUCCAACAUUGACAAGAUCCUUGAACCUCCUGAAGGUCAGGAUGAAGGUGUAUGGAAAUAUGAACAUUUGAGACAAUUCUGCCUUGAGCUCAAUGGACUAGCUGUCAAACUUCAGAGUGAAUGUCACCCAGACACAUGUACUCAAAUGACAGCAACUGAACAAUGGAUUUUUCUUUGUGCAGCUCAUAAAACUCCCAAAGAGUGUCCUGCUAUAGACUACACCAGACAUACACUUGAUGGAGCUGCAUGUCUUCUGAAUAGCAAUAAAUAUUUCCCCAGCAGGGUUAGCAUUAAGGAAUCCUCUGUAGCCAAAUUAGGAUCAGUGUGCCGAAGGAUUUACAGAAUAUUUUCACACGCUUAUUUUCAUCACCGGCAGAUAUUUGAUGAAUAUGAAAAUGAAACUUUCUUGUGUCACCGGUUCACUAAAUUUGUGAUGAAGUAUAAUCUGAUGUCCAAGGAUAACCUGAUUGUACCCAUUUUGGAAGAAGAAGUACAAAAUUCAGUGUCAGGGGAGAGUGAGGCAUGAUGGGAAUGCUGGUACUGAAGCCUCUACUGACUAUAAACAAAACAUGAUGUACUGUAUAUAUCAUUUUAGACUUCAAUCACGUAUCCUCAUAGCUUUGUUUAGUAUACUUUUUGUAUGCUGUGUGCAUUGCCUUUUAAUAUGGGAAAUACUUUAAGUUAUUCAUGAGCUGUAUAUUCAUCAAUGUGGCACUCAUGGUUUUUAAAUAAAAAUAGUAGUAUCUGUUUAUAAUGUCUGUUAAUAAAAGACUUUACAGUUCUCUAAAAUUGCUGCUAAACAAUCAUUGAAUCACAAUCCUGAAGAUGUGUCUGGGUGGGGAAAAAAAUGAGAUUAAGAUUUCACAGGAAGCCAUUUUUAAUGCAGUAGCUAGAUGCUUACUUCAACAAUUAUCACCUUCAAUAUGUAAUUCUGCAGGAAGCUUCUUGCAAUGUAGGUAACUCCUAAUUUAGCUUUUAUUUUUAAAUGGCUUUGAAAAUUUACUCUUGGAUGUGCAUAUUCCUGUAUGUGUAUAUCCAAAUCAUAACAGGAUCUAUAGUAUUAGUAAUACUAAAAGGACAAUUUCACUAUGCUAUUGAACAUAUAUAUUCUUGAUAGAACGAUAUCUAACAUACUCUCUGGACUUUUCUUUGUUAAUAGUGGAAGUUUGUGUACAGCAGGGGACAGGUUCUGCCUUCUGAAGGCACACUUCUGCUGCUCUCCAGUCCACAACUUCUCUAAAUAAUUUUGUCAGAAAAGUCAAUGACUUAUAGCUGUGCAUAUUUAUGGCAACUGCUUACACACUAUACCUCAAAUAUUCAUGUUACACUACAUAACACACUAAGCAUGGCCUUUUGUUGUAUUCCUAGUAAAAACAUGCUAAGUACCUGAAAGACUGAGCCUGAUUCUUUGCAAGUUAAUCACGUCUUUGACAUACAUUAAUUUGUUUUUAUUCACUCACCUGAAUUUUGUUCUUUGAUAAGGAUUUAGACUCAUGCUUCUGUUCCCUAUCAGAUGUUAGUUUCAAGUUGUGGUGGCAGUUUCACAAUAACUGACAGUUCCCAUGAGUGCUGCUUAAUUGUGUUACAUCUAGAAUAAUACAAUUAAAUGUUUUAGAGAUGAAUAUAGCAGACAUACUGCAAAGUGUACGUGAAUGAAGAGUCUAAAAGCAUUAGCAGCAUUCAUAAGUUAAACAGCUAAGCAAAAUUAAUUUAAGAAGUUAGCAGGUUGUUUUGCUCUAAGGUUGCCAAAGCCCCACUUUUUAUUCCAUUCAGCAGGUCAGAAUGGGCUAACUCACCUAGUUUCUGUGAUCUACACUGUUCUCCAAAUUAUGUUUGGAAAGAAAAGUGUGCACCUGUUUUUAAUAAGUCUUUUCUCAUAAUAUACUACACAUGCCUUAACUUGUAUUUUUCUUUGUAUGACUCAAGCACACCUCAUGCAACUGUACCACUGGGAUGUAAAGGAAAUUUAAUGAGAAAACAGGAAUUAAACUCAAGUACUUUAACAGCUGUACUGUGCAGCAGCUCUUUUGGUCUCCGCUUUAUCAGUGUAUUUACUUGUCAGGAGGGUAAUUGCACCAGAUGUCAUUCCAGUGAAAUUUAGUUACUGUUUAUACACUUGGCUAGAACUUGCCUUGUAUAGACCAGGUUACUUGAUUUUCACAAGUAUCUUGAAGUCUGUACUGGAGAUAGGAUGACUGUAUUCUGGAGGUAGUAAAAUGUAUUUAGUUUUGUUAGUCUGCUGUAGGACCAUCCAUAGCAUGGUUCUUUUGUAUAGUCACUCUGCAUGCUUAGAAUGGCCAUGGUGAUGACUGAGACAGGCAAAAACAUUUAACUGGUGGUGUUAAGUACAUUUCAUGUACAAAACUGAAGAAAAUGAUGUGGUGCUCAGGACUGCAUUAAAAUUUUAAACCUCUUUUUUCUUUUAUGCUUUAAGAGUUUCACUUCAAAACACAACUUUGGAAGCUUCUGUCUUGUUAUUCAGAUUUGCACUGUAAAGGUGACUUGUUAUACUGAGCUGAUUUUAUACAAGGCCUAAGUGAAACACUGCUUGUAUUUUCCAUGGCUGUUGUUUACAUGAGUACUGUGUAUACACGUGUGCCUGGAUGGUACCAUAAAGCUUUAGUUAUCCUAAACAAUCCACUGAUUUAUCUAAUAAAUUUGAAAAGUUUUAA